CGCUUCAUCGCGGGAGCGGCUGGUGCCAUGCCAUGGCCGAUGACACAGAUGAGGUGCCGCGUCGUCGCAGCAACAGCCGCUUUCGACAAGAGGUGCCUCCAGAUUUGCGGCGAGUAUUGACCCGAAAGGUACCUGUGCUGAAUUUUCUGAGCGUCUCCUUUGCACGGCCUCUGUUCUACACCUCCAGACGCUUGCGGACGAUCAUAUCCUCCCAUGUGGCGAUCUUGGUUCACUUUACCGUGGUGGUUGGAGAGACCUUGGCAGAAUUGGAAGAGGCCAAGUGGCGAAUCCAGCAAUGCCGGGUGCAAAUCUGGCAGGAGUCGAUGAGCGGCCCGCUGCCCAUCUACUUUCGCUGCCCAUCGAGUGAGCUGCCAUUGCAGCACGAAACCUUGGUGCAGAACUUGCAGAGUCUGGCGCCCAUGGUGCGCUGGGAGGAAUGCCGGGAGAUGCACUUCAUCUGCCGCGCGGAGCACAUUGCGUCGAUGGACCCGGCGUUGCGCCCAGCGCUGCAAAAGAUCUAUGGCUGUCAGCCUUGGAUGAUGGAGGGGCUUGAACAGGUGUGGUACAUGGAGGUGACCCUAUCCCAGAUUUGCGGCUUUCCAAGUGACACGUCAUUCCCGACAAUUUCCACAGCGAAGGUCGUUUGUUGUGACCCUGCGGCGGCCUCGGACGGAUCCCUGCUACGGAUCUACAGCGUCUUCCCGAACCUGAAGCAGCUCCACCUGCACAUGCGACCCAACCUGCUUCCACCCAUGUGUCUCUCAAACUUCGUGGCCCUGGCAGAUUUCCGCAUCAGCUUCGAUUUGGCCCCAGGGACUCCACUGGGAGAUGGUGUGGAGGGCAGUUUUUUCAUGGCAGCCAACUUGUUGAAUUUGCCAUUCUCUUGUGAAGGUGGCAUGUUUCAGCACCUGCAAAGACUGCAAAUGAACCUUUUUCUUCGCGGAGGCUUGGAACCCUUUGCUCGAGCCUUGCGCUCCCAGGCGCCAUCUUUGAAGCGCUUGGGCACCACCUCCCUGCAACUGCUGCGGCUGUUGGAGGUGCACAAAGAUUCCUUCAAAUUGGAGGAGGUUGUUGUGGUGAUGGAAAUUGAGGACUCGCUGAGCCUUUUCAACAUGUUGCUGCCGCUGUCUAUCGCUGGGAAUCGCUGCAGCCUGAAGAGGCUGGGGCUACACAUGCAGGCGCCCGAUGGCUUGCUGCCACCCCACGAGGAAGUGGAAGGCUUCCUGUGCUCUGGCUUCCUGUCCCUUACAGACUGCCUGGCUGAGAACAGCUUUAUCCACUUUACUCAGAGUCAUGCGCAGCUGGUGGAGACAGUCUUCUUCCAGCUCCCCUACGUGGCCCCUGAGCACUUCUCUGCCGACCUGGCGGCCUGCGGUUCGGAGGGGCCGCAAUCCACCCCGCUGGAAAGGCCCUUGCGGCUGAUGGAGGCCCUGCCCUCCUUGCGGCCCAGCGGCACGCUGAUCUCAGGCCAACUGAGGCCCAGCAUGGCGGAGUUGGCGUCGCAAAAGCCAGAGCGACACGACUUGCAUGCAGUGCUCCCCGAAAACAUGCAGAUGAAGCUGAUGCACGUCAUUGACAGCCUUGGCAAUUGGAAGGAAGAAAUGGGAUUCCGGAGCUAGCUGCGAAACUGCGAAAAAACACUUCCGGCGAAGCUAAGGAGAGAGAUGUGAAACUUUG